UCCCGGGCGAGAGGCAGCCGCUCAGACUCCGCCGGCGAGGCGACAGGGCUGCGGAGGCUGCCAAGGGUGCCUCUCCUCCUCCUCCGAGAGAAAAAGAGGGAGGCUGCCUGGGCAAUGCCCGCCGCCGGCUCCUGCCAUCGCUAAGCUCCCCUCCUGCGGGGCUUCUCUCUCCUUCUCCCUCAACCCUGCAGAAAGGAAGGAGACCUGGGCUAUCCCCACCCGCCCCCUUCGUUGGAGAGAUCCGCCGGAGAGGGGGGCCAAGAGAGGCAGCCUUCUCCCAUGCCUGGGGGUCUGGCUGGCUGGCUGCCCUCUGCCUCUGCCCUUGCCCCCCGGGUCCUCGGCCAGCCUAGCCCUCCCGCCCCCUGCCUUUCGGGGUGCAUGGCAAGGCGGGCAGCGGAGGCUCCGAGGCGGCUGCCCCAUGGAGUGUUACUACAUUGUCAUCAGCUCCGCGCACCUCAGCAAUGGGCACUUUCGCAACAUCAAGGGGGUUUUCCGAGGUCCUCUCAGCAAGAACGGCAACAAAACUCUGGAUUAUGCUGAAAAGGAGAAUACAAUAGCUAAGGCCCUGGAAGAUCUUAAAGCCAACUUCUAUUGUGAACUUUGUGACAAACAAUACUACAAGCAUCAAGAGUUUGACAAUCACAUCAACUCUUAUGAUCAUGCUCAUAAACAGAGACUCAAGGAGCUAAAACAGAGGGAGUUUGCACGAAAUGUAGCAUCUAAAUCAAGAAAGGAUGAAAGGAAACAAGAGAAAGCCCUUCAACGCUUACACAAGUUAGCGGAACUCAGAAAAGAAGCUGCAUGUGCUCCAGGAAGUGGGCCCAUGUUCAGAUCCACCACAGUUAUGGUCCGAGAUAAUUUGAAUGAAAUAUCUCAACAUGGUUUCAUUGACUCCACUAAAAAGGAACAGGAAUUCAACUUUGCUCUGUUGCACAGCUCAAAGACUACCAGCAAUGUUACAUCAGUUGCUUCCUUAUCACUUGCAAAUAACAGUAAGCCAGACAUUGACAAGCUGGGGGAUCCAAUGCAGGGACUCCAUGGACACAAAGUGGGCUUCUCUUUUGCAUUUCCAAAGAAGGCAUCAGUCAAACUUGAAUCAUCAGCAGCUGCUUUCUAUGAAUAUAAUGAUGAAACAUCAGCUGAACAUGGACUUGCCCGAAGAAGUCGUUUCUUUCCUGGGCCUUGCAAUCUUCAGGUUUCAUCAGAUGAAGAACUUGCUCUGCCUUCUGAGGAGAAAACUGGCUCCAUGGCUCCACUUACAGAAAAACAUACUGACCAUACUGAAUCUCCCCCAGUACAGGAUUCAAAUGAACCAGUCAGUAAAGAGAACACAACAGAAGAAGUCCAGGAAUCAAAAUCCCCUGCUUCUCAUUUGAAAGGACACAAUCUUGAUGAUUCAGAUAACUUUUGCAUUAACGUAGAUUCAGCAGCUUUGCCUGAUGAAACAUUCCCUGGGGUUUCCUCUGGGAGUCCAGGCCUUCCCACAGAAAGCAACAGAGAUGAACAAGUGGGUGUUGAAUGCACAGGUCUCCCUGUGAAUGAGGAAUGUUUAUCACAGCAUGGUGGUCAGGAAGAAAAUGAUCAGAACAUUAGCAGUGAUUCACCCACUGCUGAAGCUGAAAUUAGAAAACACUCAUCUGAUGGACCGGUUCCAGCAAAUUCUGAAGGGGAAACAAUUGUUCUACCUUGUAAACAAAAUCCACAAAAAAGACCUUCCGAGCCAUUUGUUCCUGUGCUUAACAAACAUGGAUCAACUGUUCUUCAGUGGCCAUCUGAAAUGUUAAUUUAUACAAACGCAAAGCCAUCCAUUUCAUAUAGCUGUAAUCCUUUAUGUUUUGACUUCAGAUCAUCUAGACUGAAUGAUGGCCUUGAGAAAAAUAAAAUACAGUCAAAUAUGCCAAAUUCUUGCCAUAACACUGGACCUAGCCAGGGUGUAUCUCUAGAUGAAACAGAUAAAUCAGUGAAUAUUGAUUGUAUAAGCAAUAUCCAUAUUCACUCAUCCAACAAUGGAAAACCUGCUGCAAUGGAUAACUCUUUAGCCAAAAGUUGUAAUUCUGAAAAGAACCAAGAUGAAAUAGAUGUGGAUACUUCAUCGGCAAUCAAAAGGCAAGAAAAUUGCCACAGCCCCCCAAAAUAUAUACAAGAGGGUUUAUAUGCCAGUGAACAACAAAACAAAAGCUAUGUCAAAAGAACACAUGAAAAGUGGUUUCAUAAAAACAGGAAGAGAAAAAGGAGGAGAAAGCUAUGCCACCACCAUUAUGAGGAAGUGACAGAGUCAAACACUGACAUCUCUCCAGUACCUGAACAGCAAAAUAACUGUGUUGUUGAUAAACAUCAGAAGGUUCCGGAACAGUGUGUAGGUGAAAAUGGACAGGGAAGUUCCAUUCUGGAAAUUUUGGACCAAACCCCUGAAACUCUUGGGACUGAGAAGAGUGACUCCACUGGAAACAUAUCCACAUCCAUACAGGAUCAUGGGAAUCAAGAUCCACACUCAAUCUGGAACCCAAAAGAUGACGGGGACUGCUGCACAAAUGCUAACAAUCUAUGGAGAAAGAACAAGCCAAUUUCUCAUAGACAAUCAAUUAAAGCAAGUUUGAAUUCUGGAAGAUACAGUUCUGUUUACUCUAGAGAAUUUUGCAGCUGGAGUAUAAGAAGUUCCAGUAGUAGCCCAAACCAUAAACAUUUAGGGCACUGCCCUGAUAUAAAAUGUGCAAAAACACAACCCAUAAAGAGGGCAUAUAAUUCUCUCACAGAUGAACCAGAGAGAUCACAUAGAAAACGGAGAUAUCAUAUGCACUCUUGCUCAUCAGAUGAAAGUUCCAGUGCACAAGCCUUUUUCUCAGAAGAGAAUCUGCGGCAGACAUGUAAUGUAGCAUUACCUGGUAAACCUAAACGGAAACGAAGGAGAAAGAGAAUAAAAAUUCACCACAUGUUUAUAGAAAGUGUUUAUAGAGACAUUACGAAAAAGAACAUCAGCAUCAAGGCUCCAAAAGAAGCCUCAGUGUUCAGCAUUUCUCCCAAACAUUCAAUGGAAGAAUGCACAGAGCAAACAACAAAUCCUUCCAUCACAGAUUAUGUAAAUAAUAUGGAAAAAACAAAGCAGCCACUAGACAGCCAAACAGACCCACAGCCUGAACAAUUACUUUCAUUAGAAAACACCCAAGCUUUAGGGUGUUUGGUUACAGAGAAUACUCCCUAUCUAGAAGAAUUCAAGUGUCCUGCAUCUCCUGUUGCUGAACAUAGUAUUCUGACAACACCCAAACCCAGGAACAUGUUGGAAGAGGGAGAAAAACAUGAAAAUAUGGGUGCUCCUGAAAUUCAGGCUCCUAAUAAAGUGCCCAGUCUUGAAAUAAACCUAGGCCAGCCUCCCCCUAAAGCAUAUCUGUGCCAUUAUGAAGUAGCAGAGACUAUACCGCAAGAAAAACUGAAUCCAUCCUCCAGUGAGUGGCGACGGUGUAAUCCAGGCAUAUUUAAUGCCCCAUCUCCUUUGCCCUUUAAAGAAGCACACAUCAACGGACAUGCUUUCUUAACCACAGAACAAAUACUUACCCCAUUCACCUUGCCUGAACAUGCACUUCUCUUGCCCCCAGAAAACCAUGACAAAUUCAAAGAUCUACAUCCUGAGGCCUACCACCAAAUCAUGCAUCAAAACCUGUUAGCUAGUAAGAUGAAGCUUGCUUUUCCUGCAGCUGCAAUCCAGCCUUCAAGUGGUCCCCUUCAACCCUUGCCUUUGCAGCAGCCUCUGUGUUCUACCUCCAUCACAACGAUCCACCACACUGUUUUGCAGCAGCAUGCUGCGGCAGCCGCAGCAGCUGCUGCAGCUGCAGCCAGCACCUUUAAGGUCCUUCAGCCUCACCAACAGUUUCUUUCCCAGGUUCCAGCGCUUUCACGAACACCUUUGCCUCAUUUGUCAGUUGGGCCAAGACUUUGUCCUUCAGGCCACACAGCCAUUGUUGGCCCACCCCAGUUGCCAUUCAUUUCAGCUUCAGUUCUCCACCCAAGCCAUUUGGCUUUCCCCCCUUUACCACACACACUCUUUCCUUCUCUUCUGUCACCCCACCCUGCCGUCAUUCCUUUGCAGCCUCUGUUUUAGGCCUCAGGUUGAACUGUUCCAAUGAAAAGAUGAGUCUUAAAUGGGGGCUAUGCCAGCCCUCUCCAUCAGAAAUUGGCGGAAAUCGCUCUACUGAUGGACUAAGAGCAAGAAAUUACAUGAGCCUCCUGAUCAGCAAGCUAUUUGCUAUUGACCUAUCAAUGCAAAUAUCUAUGUGUAUAGUGCAGAUUCAUAAUAAAAUUAAAGCACUGAAUAGUCUAAUAUUAAUGCAAACUAUAUAUCUAUAGAUAUAUAGAUAUAUGUAUGUAUGAAAAUAAUGUCUCAAAGUAUGUUAACAUGUAUAUAAAAUAUAUUUAUAGUACUGUAACUUAUGUUGUAAAGUAUGCUCCUGUUUUUUUAUGAUAAUAUUUGUGUACUUGCACCUGAGUAAUGUUUAGACAACGCUGAUGCACUACGUUUUGUAUAACAUUCCUUAUAAUCAUAAAUAUCGUAAGAAACUCUU